CGCCACCAGCCGGGUGUGCGGUGACCUGAUCCCUGUCCAACAUGGUCGCCGCUCACACCUCCCAUUCCGCGUCCUCUGGCGAGUGGAUCGCAUGCCUGGAUAAAAGACCUUUGGAACGUUCCAGUGAAGAUGUAGACAUAAUAUUCACACGACUGAAAGAAGUGAAAGCCUUUGAGAAAUUUCAUCCAAACCUUCUCCAGCAGAUAUGUCUGUGUGGAUAUUAUGAAAAUCUUGAAAAGGGGAUCACAUUAUUCCGUCAAGGUGAUAUUGGGUCGAACUGGUAUGCUGUUCUGACAGGAUCACUGGAUGUGAAGGUUUCUGAUACAAGCAACCACCAGGUAAAGCAUUGUUCAUUAAAACCAUCCAAUUGA